GAAACGGCAGAUUCCUUUGAGUGGUUAUUUAAGACCUUUUUGCAUGCUAUGUCCGGAAAAAAGCCUACUACCAUUUUCACAGACCAAGAUGCCGCAAUGGCUAAGGCAAUUUCCAAUGUCAUGCCCGAUGUAAGUCAUGGAUUGUGCACGUUUCACCUUAAUCAAAAUGCUUUGAAGCAUUUGGGUUACUUGUUCCAUGCUGAUUCAAACUUUGGUAAAGAGUUCAAUGCUUGCAUUUUUGGGUACGAGGAGAUAAAUGAGUUAGAGAAAGCUUGGCAUACUUUGAUUAAGAAAUACAAUUUACAAGAUAACUCUUGGAUGGCUAAAACUUGGGAAAUUAGAGAGAAAUGGGCGCAUGUAUACAUGAAAUGGUCAUACACUGCGGGAAUGCGGAGCACCCAACUUAGUGAGAGCCUUAAUGCAAAACUAAAGAGGUGUUUAAAAUCGGAUCUCAACAUUGUUCAAUUCUUGACUCAAUUUGACAUAAUUGUUGUGGAGAAGAGGUAUGAGGAAUCUAAAGCCAUAUACAAUUCUAGAGAAAAGUUGCAGAGAUUGUUGCUGAAAAAAUCUCCUAUGUUAAUUCAAGUUGCACAAUUGUACUCCCCUCCUCUGUUUGACUUGUUCCAUGAUGAGCUUGACACCUCACUUCGUUGUAAGGUGAAGCAAUGUCAUGAGUUGGAAGAACAAUUUAGUUGUGUGAUUACCAUGCGUGGACAGAAUGUGGAGUAUGUGGUGAAGGGUAGUGUUGAAAUAGAUGAGACUGACGAAACUAUUUGUCGAGAUGUUUGUUGUACGUGUCGAAAAUUUGAAAGUUUCGGAAUUUUAUGUAGCCAUGCAAUUAAGGGGCUUGAUCGAAUGAGUGUUAUGGAAAUUCCUGAAAGGUAUGUAUUAGGGCGAUGGCGAUUAAAUGCAAAGGAGUGGGAAUUGGAGAAGGGCAAAAGUAGAGUGGAUGAGAAUGAUCCUAAAUUACUAAAAGCGGCUCGUUUUAGGAUUAUUUGUCCAAAGAUGGUAAAGUUAGCUACUCAGUCAUGUGAACUUGAAGAAACAUAUGAAUUUGUGGAAGAGACGUUGGAAUACAUGUGUGCAAAAGUCGCCGAUAUGCUUCUUGGAGCGGGAGAGGGAGCCCCCAUUGAAGUGGAGAAAGAAUUGGAGGUUGAUGCUCAAUUCGCACGAGUCAAAGGUUUGAAGAAGAAAAACGGCAUUCAAAUUAAGGGUACGAGAAGAUUAAAACCUUGGCAUGAGCUCAAGUCUAGAAAGAGGAAGAAAGUUGUUUCACACUCUACGACACAGCUUAGUGAGCAUGUUGAUCAUGUUGCCACUACUACAAUUGUGCAUGGUUCGGUUUUGAAGCAACCAUCGGAUGUUGGAAUCCCAUAUGUUCCACAAAUGAUAAGUUAUGAAGAUAGUGGUCAAUCAAUUCCAUCAUCUUCACAAGCAUCAUGUAAUCCACAAACUUUGAAGGUAUGCCAUUUGAUGCAACGAGUUACUCUUCAUGGGCUGGCGACUCAAUCUUGCAUGAUGCUUCUUUUAUGGAAAUAUUGGCUUAUUCGGGAUACCCCGCAAAAAAUUGAAGUGUAAUGUAAGGAUAAUGAGGGGUUAAAUUUUAGAUAUCAAUGACUCUCUUUUUGGUGAGAUAUUUAUUGUUUAAUUAACACAUUCUAUUAAGGUUAUGGAAGAUGGUGAUGCCGUUUUGGUGGUUUGAGACUUCGGUGUUAUGGUUUUUGAUUUUAGAUUUUGGCAUUG